GAGAGGGGAGGGAGAGGAGAGGAGAAGAAGACAGCGUCGGCGGCUGCUCUGCAGUGGAAUACGCUGUUAUUUGAGGGAAGGUGAGAGCUCUCGGAGUACCCGACCAGCGCGUGUUGAGCAUGAUGUGUUUCAGGACUUGACCGCAACAUCCUUAAAAAAAACACACCCCAUCAAGUAACUCCUGGGUUCUUCUCACUUCACAAAAAGCCUCCCUCAAAUCCCCAGACAACACGAGGGAAAAAAAAGGGAAUAACAUCUGUUUAUCUGCAUAUUUCUAUGUUCAAAAAACAAGAGGAAAAAACACAGAGAUCGACAGAGGACAAAAAACAUCUCAGAGGAUGCGGAAUUAGAAAGAACAAAUUGCCACUGGAGGACCAAAGGGACAAUAAACCUUUUCUCGCAGAUCCACCAGCGUGGAGUCACCUCACCUGUACCUUCGGAUUAAAGAGCAGGGUCAUGUCCCAGUUGCCAUGCGCAUCGCCACGCUGACCUGCCUUCCCGGCCCUUCCCCCUUCCUCUUUCUAUUGGCCCAGCUGCUAUUGCGGCUCCUUCUCCCUGGGCCGGAGUUGGUGGGAGCCGCCUCCUCCUGCCCCUCCCUCUGCACCUGCUCCAACCAGGCCAGCCGAGUCAUCUGCACCAGGCAAAACCUGGAGGAGGUGCCCGAAAGCAUAUCAGUCAACACACGAUACCUCAACCUGCAGGAGAACUCGAUACAGGUCAUCAAGUCAGACACUUUCAAGCACUUGAGGCACCUUGAGAUCCUCCAGCUCUCCAAGAAUCAGAUCCGUCAGAUCGAAGUCGGAGCAUUCAAUGGCCUCCCCAACCUCAACACACUGGAGCUCUUCGACAACCGCCUCACACUGGUGCCAUCACAUGCCUUUGAGUACCUCAGCAAGCUGCGGGAGCUGUGGCUGCGCAACAACCCCAUUGAGACUCUGCCGGGCUAUGCCUUCCACCGUGUACCCUCGCUACGUCGCCUGGACCUGGGUGAGCUCAAGAAGUUGGAUUUCAUCUCUGACGCAGCCUUUGUGGGCCUCAUCAAUCUACGCUACCUGAACCUGGGCAUGUGCGGGCUGAAGGACAUUCCCAAACUGACAGCCCUUGUUCGUUUGGAGGAGCUGGAGCUGUCCGGAAACCGACUGGAGAUCAUCCGACCCGGCUCCUUCCAGGGCCUGGUGUCCCUCCGCAAGCUGUGGCUAAUGCACUCACAGGUGUCCGUCAUCGAGCGCAAUGCCUUCGAUGACUUGAAAAACCUGGAAGAACUCAACCUAUCCCAUAACUCCCUGCACUCAUUGCCCCAUGACCUCUUCACACCCCUUCACCAGCUGGAGAGGGUACACCUUAACCACAACCCCUGGAUCUGCAACUGUGAUGUGCUUUGGCUUAGUUGGUGGCUAAAAGAGACGGUGCCCAGCAACACCACCUGCUGUGCUCGCUGCCAUGCUCCCCCAUUCCUGAAGGGCAAGUACAUUGGAGAGCUUGACCAGAGCCACUUCACCUGCUAUGCGCCGGUCAUCGUGGAGCCACCUACAGACCUCAAUGUCACUGAGGGUAUGGCCGCUGAGCUCAAGUGUCGCACAAGCACCUCCACAACAUCUGUCAACUGGAUCACCCCUAAUGGCACACUAAUGACCCAUGGCUCUUACAGAGUGCGGAUAUCCGUCCUGCAUGAUGGCACACUCAACUUCACGAAUGUCACCCUGCGUGACACGGGCCAGUACACCUGCAUGGUCACCAAUGCUGCUGGCAAUACCACGGCGACUGCUGUCCUCAAUGUCACCGCUGCUGAUGCCAGCGUCAACUACACCUAUUUUACAACAGUCACAGUGGAAACAGUGGAGACCCCAGGAGAAGAAGAGUCUGCGUUGGUAGCCAUUAAUGAGACAUUUAUUCGUGUUCACCCUGGCCCCACGCCCUCGGGACACCUGUGGCCAGAGGGUGUUUCUACCACAGCCUCCUCUCUGUCAGCAGGCUGGUCCCCCUCCUCUCCUCGGGCCACCCGACCCACCUUCACUGUGCCAUUCACUGAGCCAGGCUUCUCGGGCCUGGAUGAUGUGAUGAAGACCACCAAGAUCAUCAUUGGCUGCUUCGUAGCCAUUACCUUCAUGGCAGCGGUGAUGCUGGUGGUGUUCUAUAAGUUGAGGAAGCAGCAUCAGCUGCACAAACACCAUGGCCCUUCUCGUGCCAUUGAGAUCAUCAAUGUGGAGGAUGAGCUGGGGGCUGGGGCCAGUGGGCGGGGCAGUGGCAUCUCAGGAGGCUCCACCGUGACGCAGAGCGGAAGCAGUGGAAUAGGAGGAGGCCAGAGCCUCAGGCUGCACCACCCAGAGAUAGUCAACCUGCCAAACCUGGCCCGAUCAGAGCACCUCAACCAUUACUACAAAACCCCUCACUUCAACAACAACAUGAUGGGCCUGGGAAUGGGCACUGGCACUGGUGUGGGCCUCAACAACAACAACAACCCCUCGCCUUGCUCUCAGUCUCAGAACACAUCCAAAUCCUGUUCCCAGGUUCCAACCAGUGGAGGAACACCCACAGGUGGCACCCUGCCCUCCCCUGUGCCCCUGCCCCAGAUGGGUCUCCAUAGUUCUCUGAAAGGCCUUAUGGGGAAAAGCCAGAAUGAGCCCCUGCUUUUUAAGAGCGGCUCCAAGGAAAAUGUGCAAGAGACUCAAAUUUGAGUAAAAGUGAGAGUGGAAGUAAGAGGUAAGAAAGACAAGAUGCUGGUAGAGACAAAAAAGAGCCUGUGAGACCGAGUAUAUGAGACUGAUUGUAGCCUACUGUCCUCACGGACAGAUUCCAGAAAAGAUUAUAUUUCACAUAGUCGCUGCUUUGUGUUGUCAAUCUGUUGACAGAGAGAAGCAGAGAGGAAGACUGAAGGAGACAGAGUACGAUAUCUGAUCAGCACUAGUCCCACCAAUAGCAUCCGCACAUUCUGUUCAACUAAAUCAGACACAGACAUAUACGAUGGAAACCACGAACAUCAUAAUCAUUCAGUUUCCUGUGCAGCCUGCUAUAGUCUUUGCCAAAGUCCAAGAUCAUGCCAACUCUUUUCAUUUGCGUCCACAAUCACAGUGGAUAGCUAUGAAUAAAACACAUGAGCCUCUCUAGGUUUUUCUCCAGAUUGCUUCGUAUAUUUCCAGACACAUUCAGUGUAUAUAUUCAGAGGGAGACAUAAUAUUGGCCAUUGAACAUGUUGUCAGAUUAGUGUUUGGCAGAGACACUGAAUAACAAACAAUGGUUUGGGUGAGCGGUACGGUCCCAGGUUUCCAGGAAGCACUAAAACAAAACAGAGAAAGCAAAAUUAGAGCAGUGCAGCGACUCUGUCCAGGACACACGUAUCAGAGUAGUACUUUGCAGGGAGCCAGAACAACAACAAUUGUUUUUUUGUUUUUUUCCAGAGCAGUUUCACUCUCACUAUCUCACUUUUUUUUCCCUUUCACACCGUACUGGCUACUGUCUUCUUUGAAGGAGGAGAGAAACUGAGUGGGUUAUCAUGGGAAAAGGAAAAAUCCCGUGGCAUAAAGGACAAUGAGAGAUAUAAAAAGGACCGAAAGUACAUAUUAUAUAUACCGUAAAUAUAUUUUCAUUCAAAGAAAUAAAUUAUAAAGAAUCUUUAUCAAGCUUCUGACUGAAAACUACAACGUCUGAAGAAUAUAUUAAAAAAAAAAAAAGAAGUACACACAGCUGUUGUAGUGGCCCUCCCUUACAACUUUUCCGAACUUGGAACAAGAUGGCCGCUCCGACUGUGCUACAUAAGGACACGUGUAGGAGAGUGGCAUCCGUUUAGAGGGAGCUAAAACAAAAACCUGGCAAAGUGUUUGAGUGAAUUUAUUUUGGUCUCGACUUUUUUGUAGCCACACAAAGUGUUUUCCCUCUCCUGUCGCAUUCACAUAAACAGGGUCAUUGGAGACGGGAGAUCUUUACGCUCUACUGCAAAAAUAUGAAAUACGACUACGGCUCUUCAUUAUUUGGUAUACAGUGUAGCUAUAGCAUUAAUAAUAAUGAUCAUAAUGGUAAUAAUGAUAACAAGCUUUAGCUUUAUUUGUCAUAGUGAUCAUUUAAUGAUGAGCACAUUAAAUGAUCAACAAUAUGUUACAAUAUUUUAUUGUAAAAUGUUGCACAUGCUAGUUUAGCAUGCUCCCUAAAGACAAAAUCUAGAUUUGCUUAACAUUUCAGCAGUAUUGUAUAACAAUGAUGAUAUGACACAUUAUUGUUAUUAUGUUAUCAUUAUUAUCAUUCAUAUGACUAUUAUUAUUACUACUUGUGCCUAGCUGAGAAGUACUUCUUUUUUCAUUUGUAUAUGACACUGAAGUUGUUUUGUGACUGAUCCUGUUGGACUCCGGCUAAUGAACGGCAGUGGGACGGACUCAGCGUGUCACUAAGUGAACUCCACAUGCAUCAGCAGGAAAUAACCUGGCCCUCAAAAUGGCUUCCUCAGUCCAGCCCCUCACUGACUCGUCUGCUCUGAUGUCUCAAGCAGUCAGGAACCCUCAUGUUAUCACGCAUUAAAGACAGGACAUGAACCUUUGAUGAAGACUGCUCCUUUGCAGGGGAUUAUUUCACAACUGUAUCUCAGUGUUAUCGUGUGUGAGUGGAUUUCAUGGCAGCAGGGAGCUAAAUGGACGACAGGCAUUGCCAAGCGUUUUUAAAGGUAAGCGAAGCUCGUUCAGUGAAGAAGGUGACAUACAGACAGAGUAUACAGUGGUGGGAGAAUUUUUUUCUAAAGAAAAAGGACAAUUAAAUGAAAAAAUAUAGAACCUUAUAGAUCUCUUUUAAAAAAACAAAAUUAUUAUGAUAAGUGUUUUUCAUUUUGGGUUUUUAUCUAGUUUGAUUAUUUUCUGUUUUUUUAAAUCAAGUGAUAUCUUUAUUGUAAUAUUGUUAUUGUUAUUAUAAUUAGCUAAUUACACUGGUUAUAAUUAUGAGAGAUGUUCUGUUAGCAGAGGUCACUUUGAAAAUUAA